AUGGCUGGCACGAAGCGCAAGGGUGACGAGGCUGGCGUGUCUACUCGCAGCGGGGACUCGAAGGUGGCCAAGAAGGCACCGGACAGCAAGCCGAAGAGCAAAGGCAAGCCCGAGAGCAAGGCAAAGGCGCCAGCGAAGAAGGGCGGGCCCAAGGCGCCCGCGACAGCGCAUUUCAAGAAGCACGCGCUCCCGCUGCACGUCAACAUCACGCACACGCCGCCUCCCAUCGCGGACGACAAGGAGAGCGCGGCUGUUGCUGACCCGGGCUUCCUCGGCGGCGUUUCACUUCAGCCGGCUACAUUCGCCACGGGGAGCUACGGCUGGAAGGGAAGCAAGAGACUGCAGAUCGAACUUGAUGGCGGGGACGGCAAGGAGAAGGUUCAUGUCAUGCUCAACAUCAACGCCACUGUCAUGGGCAGCAAGGCGGCUGGUAAGGACGAGGAAGGCGGCGAGGUCGAAGGCGAGGCGGACGACGCCAAGGAGAAUGGUGCCGCUGAGGAAGAAGAGGCGGCUGCCGAGGAGUAA